UUCAUAUCAUUGAGUUGGUCUUUCAUUUGAUUUGUGUUGAUUAACGAUUAACAAAGCUUUUGCUUUAAUUUAAAAAGAACUUGCUAUGGAAACCAGCACUAUUUCAAAAUCUAACUAAUACUCCAUCAGUUUUCUUUCAUUUUCAUGUCAAUCACAAACAUCCUAGAAUCCAAAAUUGUUUGUCUGAAGCAUCUGCUAAUUUUUAGAAUGGAAGAACUUCUUAGACAUUGAAGACCCUCAUUUGUAUGUCAUGGGAAUCAUUGGACUCCUUGAACUUCGCCGGUACAGUAGCUAUAUCAAAGACUUCCUGAGCUUGAAAAGAAACGAUGGGCCAUACAAUGAUCCGCGAUUGAUACAUAUUCCAUUUGAAGAUUUUGCCAGGCGCUUGGAUAUAAUGGGCUGGCCGCCAACAACACACGAAGUACCGAACAAUGACCAAUCCGGUGCCGGCGAUGGACCCCAUAUCAGACCUCGUGUCACUACUAUUGAGAGGCCGUUUAUAUUUUUUAUUCGAAGCAGACCUUUAAUAUACCAGAAAUCGUGGCUCAAAUUUAUGGCUAUCUCGCCCAUGAUCAUAGCUUCCUUAAGAGUUAUUCUUAGAAGGAUUCUAGCCCUGUUUGGCAUUGAUGUAAAACAAGUCUUUGUCCUCGGCUUGCCGUACCAUGCAUAUUUUAUAAUAUUUCAGUGCUUGAUAAACUUCGCAUCUAACUGGACAAAGGAGUAUAUGAGAGGUCCAAUUUAAUAAAGGAUAUCUUGCCUUUUAUUGCAUUUUUACAUAUUAACCAUUGAAUAAAGAUCAAACUUGUAGUACCU